GGGCAGAAGGGUUGGAAGAAGCUUCUAACGCUGCUGUGUGGACGGGCCGGAAGGCUGCAGAAAUUAGGACUGAUGUAGGUCAGAAGAGAGAAAAGGACAAAAAGAAAAGACAUUGGAGUUGAGAAUAGAAAGAGAAGGAAGGUGAGAGGAAAGGGUGGCCUGGCGGAGCGAGAGAACAGGAAAAUGUGUGGGCAGCUGAUAAUUGGUUUAUAGCACUUGGCAUUGUCUGUGUUAGUGGGUGAGCAUGUGUGUAAUGUGUGUGUGUGUUAAAGGCGCUGUGUCUCUGGCUGGUGCCCAGAACAACCUGUGGGCGGUGGAAGGAGGCAACAAGCUGGUGUGUUCUGGCCUGCUAAAGACGGCCAACGCUAACCUUCUGCAGGCACAAGUCAACUCCAUCUCACCGCUCUACUCAGGAGAGGCUCCUCAGUACCAGCUGAGCUUCACCACAGCGUCAGAGACGAAGUCGGAGCUGUACGACAUCGUGGUGUUAGCGACUCCACUGCAGGCCAGCGUCAGAUCCGGAGUCCAGUUCCAGGGUUUCACCCCUCCCUUCGACGAGCUCCCUGGCAACUACCACAGCACUGUAGCAACCAUCGUCCAUGGUUACCUUAAUACCUCUUUCUUUGGUUUCCCGGACCCUCGCCUCUUCCCCUUCGCCAGCGUCUUGACAACCGAGACACUGGAUGUGUUUUUCAACAGCGUGGCGAGUGUUUGUCCCGUCAACAUCUCCACGGGCUUCAGGCGUAAACAGCCACAGGAGGCCGGAGUUUAUAAAGUGUUUUCUCCACAACCUCUGGUGAAGGCUCAGCUGAAAGCAUUGUUCAGGUCGUACUACUCGGUGCAGGUGACCGAAUGGCAGGCCUACCCUUGUUACGGCAGCAGCCAGGGACUCCCCCCUGUGGAGCUCCACCCAAAUCUCUACUACCUCAAUGGCAUCGAGUUGGCCGGUAGCGCCAUGGAGAUGAGCUCAGUGGCGGCCAAGAACAUCGCCCUGCUGGCCUACCACCGCUGGAACAGACAGACGGACAUGGUGGACCAGAAAGAUCUGAUGCACAGGAUCAAGACUGAGCUAUGACCGGGUAAACUGGAAGCAUUGUGGCAUCACAAAGCUGGUGUGCUGGAAAAUGUCUGUGUUAAGGUACAAGAUUUUACAUUUGAAUCGUGAUAUGUCUCAAGUAGCGAAAUGUAUUUAGAGACACUUCCGAGUUAUUUAUUACUGAACACAUCUUAUACACUGAAUAUAUGAUUGUAGGUUGAUUAUAAUGUUGCACUGCCUUAUCUUAAAUAAACGUAACCAUGCAACAAAGAAGCUAGUAAAUAUCAAAAUAGGGCUGUACAAUAUUUCAGCAUCCAGCGCAUGUGCGAUAUUCACAUAAAAUAAAGUAAGUAAAGCAAAUGAACUCCAACACGUCAUGCUAAAAUAUGUUUUCUGGUCAAAUUAAAGGAAAACAUUUCAAUGACUGGACAACAGGAGAAGUCUGUUUGAUAUAACAUCAUUUACUCUGUUAAUAUUGAGCGGCACAUUCAUAUUUGUUCCCUUUAUCAAACAACCAAAGUGGGCCCCGCUAGUCUCUUACCACAACCCCAAAUAUAAUUGAAGAACAGGUCAAAGACAAAUGCAUCUUUGGUAUAGUAUGGAAAUACUUUGGCUUAAAAAAGGAUGAUGCACAAAAACGGUGUAAAAAGUCCUCUAUUUUUUCUUUAUGAUAUUGCAGAAAUGGCAACAUUUUCCAAUACUGUGCAGCCCGUUAUGAAGGUCAAAUGAAGUCUAGCAUUCUAAUCACAUCCCGACUAUUUUGCUGAUUGCUUCAUUCUCUUUGCCAAAGAGACAUUGCAGACAUUUUGCCCGAUUGGUUGAGGAUUGAUUGCUAAUGCUAAUUGGCGGCCUCUCCUGCAGGAUACUUUUCUUUGCCAAGACGUAUAGAAACAAAGCAACCGUUGAAAACACCAGCUAAUAUUUAUCUCUGUGGGACUGUUGCGUAUGGGAUGGAUCGCUUAUGUCACUGUCUUGUGGCACAAAAACCAGCCCUCUGUCAUAUAAUCAAAUAACAUCAGCGCUGCUUUUACUGUAUACGUUGAAGGACUGUUUGUGGACACCGAGGACUCAUCUAGUAAUGUCAGUAGGAUGUUGGUAAAUAAUUCAAACUGAUUCAGUGACUCACGGUCGUGGCCACUGGCGCUAUGCUCUAUUGCCUCUUUCAUCAGAUGAUUUCAUUAUCUCUACUUCCUGCUGCUUUUGUUGCGUAAUCCAGCGGAAAGAAUUUUUUCGGGAACAGAGCCAACGAGCUUUCACACUGGAACAGAUGAAAGCAGAGGACAGGUCUGUGGAGCUGCUGCCUGAUGACAUGUUUUCUUUUUUUUAAAAACCAUUUUGACUUUCCCUAAAGCUUUAUUGAAAUUCUGCAUUUUAAAUAAGUGUUGUAAUCUUUGAAAAACUGAUGACUCAUGAAGUUGGACAUUUGCUUCUGGAAAUGCUAAAAAUGAUGGUGUGGUGGUGAUGAGAAAAUUGUUGAUUAUCCUCAUGAGGCUACUUUUAAAUGUAAUAUAUAAUGGUGGAUUCGGACGGAAGUGGAUUUCUGGACUCAGGAAAAACUCAAUUGAACUGUGCUCAACUGAACAUCUUGUGACUGCAAAGGGUUGCAGUUGAAAUAAAAUGUGAUUGUGUCCUGUGAUGAGAAAAACAACACUUUAAUCUCGUGGAAUUCAAAACGCCACGUUGGCGCCAGAAAGAUGGUGGUGCAGCUGAGUGGAGGAUUGUUUAUCUUUUUCAAAAUGAAAGGUCUUUAUUAGCAGCAGCUUCUGUAGAAAUGUCUGGCAGAAGCACCUUUUUAAGAUAUGCUGUAAAAUAAACAGGAUGCACGUAUAAUCAAAGCAUCUUUUGGACUGACAAAACGAUUUGAAUUCAAGGUCAACUUUCUAUAUAUAUCAACAGCAUCUUCAGGAACUUAAAAAUGAAGUGGUCUCCAAGCAUUUAUGGAGGUUGUGAUGAUGGAAACUUAAAACAAAGAGAGAAGGGAAACCUUGGAUUGAGAUUAUUUUGUCAAACAACACAAACAACUAUUCACACCUUAACGCUGCUUCUCUAUGAGCGUAGCUUUCUGCUCUGUACCACACAUAUCAACACAUUGUAUCUUCCUGAUGAACAGAACCAUGCAGCUGUUAUAAUGAAUAAUGUGCACUCUUCUGACUGUUGAUCAAAUUAAAGUAUUGGACCGUACAUAUUUCCCAUAUCUUUUUCUGAUAUACUUAUUUUCUGUCUAUUAAUAAUUGAACGGAGGAAAAAACGACCUGAGCACUGAACAAAAUCUAUUGUCUCGCUUGAAUUCACUCUGUCAACGUUUGAUUUAUUCUACUGGAAUGGGAGGAAAAGGAAGUGAUAUGUCACUGACAGGACGUCUACUGUUGGGGGGGAACUGCCUGUAAACUCCUGCCACAUUAUUUCCACUGGAGAG